AUGGAUGCUGUGGAACUUUCCAGAAAGCUGCAGGAGGAGGCAACAUGCUCCAUCUGCCUUGACUAUUUCACCGACCCUGUGAUGACCUCCUGUGGCCACAACUUCUGCCGCGAGUGCAUCCGGCUGACUUGGGAGAAGGCCAAAGGCAAGAAGGGCAGGAGGAAACGCAGGGGUGUCUUCCCCUGCCCCGAGUGCCGCGAGCUGUCCCCCCAGAGGACCCUGCGGCCCAACCGCCUGCUGACCAAGGUGGCUGAGAUGGCACGACAGCACCCGGGCAUCCAGAGCAGGGAUCUGUGCCAGGUGCACCAGGAGGUGCUCAAACUCUUUUGCGAAGAUGACCAGAGCCCCAUCUGCGUGGUCUGCAGGGAGUCCCAGGAACACCGGCCUCACAGAGUGGUCCCGGUGGAGGAGGCUGUGAAGGAGCACAAGCUGAAGCUGGAGGGUGACAUGGGGCACCUGCGGGAGGAAAUGGCGAAGACCGAGAAGCUGCAGACCAGGGAGCAGCAGGCCUUGGCCGAGUGGCAGGAGAAGGUGAGGAAGCAGAGACAGCGCAUUGUGACGGAGUUCAAGAAGAUGGCUGCCCUCCUAGUGGAGGAGGAACAGCGCCUCCUGGAGGCCCUGCGGCAGGAGGAGCAGGACACCGCUGCCAGGCUGCAGGAGAGUAUGGUCGCACUAGAGCAGCAGAGCAGCUCCCUGGAGACCCUGUUGCUGCGGCUGGAGGACUGUAGCAUUCGGGAGCCACUGCAGAUGCUACAGGACAUGAAGGAGCCUCUGGACAGGAAGAACAGCUUGAGUGUGCAGUACCCAGAGGCCACCCCCCUCUCACUGAGGACUGUCUGCAGAGUCCCGGGGCAGAUAGAGGUGCUCAAGAGUUUCCAAGAGAACGUGGUACCCGACCCUGCCACAGCGUACCCCUACCUCCUCCUGUACGAGAGCCACCAGCGGCACUACCUCAGCACGCCACCGGACGGCACACCCUGCAGCAAGGACAGGUUCCUGGCCUACCCCUGUGCAGUGGGCUGCCAGACCUUCUCCUCAGGGCGGCACUACUGGGAGGUGGGCAUGAACCUCACAGGGGAUGCGCUGUGGGCCCUGGGUGUGUGCAGGGACAAUGUGAGCCGGACGGAUAGAGUCCCGAAGUCCCCGGAAAAUGGAUUCUGGGUUGUACAGCUGUGCAAGGGAAAGAAGUAUGUGCCCCCCGUGUCAACCGUGAUCCCCAUCACACUGACGGAGCCCCCCAGCCAUGUGGGCGUCUUCCUGGACUUUGAGGCUGGGGAGGUGUCUUUCUACAAUGCCAGCAGCGGGUCCCACCUGCACACCUACGCCGAGCCAGUCUUCCCAGGCCCCCUGAAGCCCUUCUUUUGCCUUGGGGUCCCCAAAUCUGGCCAGAUGGUCAUCUCAACAGUGACACUGUGGGUGAAGGGAUAGGCGUGUAGGCAGGGAGUGCGGGCACUC